UGACACAGUGGUUGCCUUGUCGAGUCAUCGCAGUUGGGCAGCUCAGAACACAACUAGACUCCCUACUGGAGCUUUAACCCAGGAGACUCAACAAGGAUUUGCGUCACUUAACAUGGCACACAAUGUACAUGUUGUGGAUGCAUAUCAGGAAAUGGAAGCAGGUUUUGAGUGAAAGCAAACGGAGAAAAAGCACCAGCGCUGCAGCGGCAUCAGCGACCGAACUUGGGCUUCUCUGCCCGGUGGGAGGUGUCUGUCUGGCGGCUUGCAGCUGCCUGCGCGUCCCGCUAAGCGCGCCGCUGCUCGGAGCUCAUUUUCCCAUCUAUCGGCAGGGUGAUUCGAAGUUAUGGCCGAGCCGUGUUCUUGUUGGCUUUAUCUCUGUCUGUCUGGGCUUUUUCGGCAAGCAUCUGUGGGUUUAAUGUGACGCACUGUCGUGACACGCCGUGUGCGCCGUUUCUGCAGCGGACCCCCAGCAGGAGAAGAGGAGGGGAGGUUCUUCAUCAAGUUUGUGGCCCACAUAUCUCCUGCAAGAACAGAUGUAACAGUGACAAGGACGGAAUCGGACCAAACUGGGCCAGGUUAGGCCAGGCUAGGCCUGCCUAACCAGCAACCACUUUCAGAGGCCCACAAAGGUCAACUCCCUCAGACCUCUCAGUGGAUCUUGGAUUCCCUUCAUAUUUUUCUCUUAUCAGGCGUCAGGAGGCCCAGAGAACAUAAUUUGCCUGUCCAUGUCUUGGUGGAUCCUCACUGGAUGUUGGCAGCAGGAUGGAUUUGGGUGUUGAUCUCACAGGCGUCACCUCCUCACAGUUCUUGCACCCCUCCUCCUUAGAUUGUCUGUUGACCUCUCCCUCCCCGGUCUUCAAAGGAAAGCCCCCCGCCAUCUCCCGGGGCUUCCCUCAGCCCUCUAUAGGGACUUACAGGAACUUUAGGUUGUCUUGUUGAACCACUUUGGAUCAAAGAACAUUAUCUGGAGGAUGCUCAAUUGCUGUUCCCCCUUAGUUUACUUUUUUAUUGGCGGUUGAGGAGUUGAAACCCGAACAGAAUUCCUCCUUGGUGGUGUACAACAGAGGGAAAAAUGUCAGACAGUAAAAGCAGCAGUAAAGUGGUGAAAUUCAUCGCCCCAGCCCCUCCGUCGCCAUCACUUCAGAACCCCCGCAAGAAUGUGAACAGCUCCGCCAGUUCAGACACGCACGUGGUCGAGAAGCUGGAGGGGGACCUGGAAGGGCACCCGGAAGUCCAACGGCGGCAGCGGCGGCACACGAUGGAUAGAGACUCCAAGACGGCUGAGCACCGCUUCUUCCGCCGGAGUGUCAUUUGCGACUCCAACGCGACCGCCUUGGACCUGCCCAGCAAGGGGGCGGUGAUCCUCAUGUCGCCGCCGGACUGCGGGGGGCCACCCAAAUUGUUCGCUCCUCAGCCCUUGAGGCCUGGAUCCUCAGAGAGAGAUGGCCGAGAGGCUGUCCAGGGGCCCUCUAUAGAAAGUGCCACCCCUCCACCUUCUUUAGGGCUUUGUGGAGGAUCUGGAGAGGGGCCAAACCAAAAUGUAGGCAGGGACAGCGUGGCACAUGCUGGUCCCACUAGUAGCGGGGUUGUACGUAGUGCAGAACAGGUAAAAGAGCCCAGCGCGACAGCAUUGGAUGUCAACAACAAAACGGGAGACAAACACGAGGACACCACAAAAGACGGAAAAUCGGCCGAGGAGAAGGAGAGGGAAACGGAGCUGGCCAAAGCGCGCGCUGAGCAGCGGGAGGCCGAGAAGCGGGUGCAGGAGGAUAUCGAGGAAGCCGAGACCAAAGCGGUCGGGACGUCGCCGGACGGACGCUUCCUGAAGUUCGACAUUGAGAUCGGGAGAGGCUCCUUCAAGACGGUGUACAAGGGGCUCGAUACGGAGACCACGGUGGAAGUUGCGUGGUGCGAGCUGCAGGACCGGAAGCUGUCCAAGUCGGAGCGGCAGCGCUUCAAGGAGGAGGCCGGGAUGCUGAAGGGCCUCCAGCAUCCCAACAUUGUCCGCUUCUACGACUCGUGGGAGGGGCCGUGCAAGGGGAAGAAGUGCAUAGUGCUGGUCACCGAGCUCAUGACUUCGGGCACGCUCAAGACCUACUUGAAGCGCUUCAAGGUGAUGAAAAUCAAGGUGCUGCGUUCGUGGUGCCGGCAGAUCCUCAAGGGCCUCCACUUCCUGCACACCAGAGCGCCGCCCAUCAUUCACCGCGACCUCAAGUGCGACAACAUCUUCAUCACCGGGCCCACCGGCUCGGUUAAGAUCGGGGACCUGGGCUUAGCCACGCUGAAACGGGCCUCGUUCGCCAAGAGCGUCAUUGGUACUCCUGAGUUUAUGGCUCCAGAAAUGUACGAGGAGAAGUACGAUGAAUCUGUAGAUGUUUACGCCUUCGGGAUGUGCAUGCUAGAGAUGGCCACCUCGGAGUACCCCUACUCGGAAUGCCAGAACGCCGCCCAGAUCUACAGACGAGUCACCAGCGGAGUGAAGCCCGGUAGUUUCGACAAGGUGGCCAUUCCCGAAGUGAAGGAAAUCAUCGAGGGCUGCAUCAGGACGAACAAAGACGAGAGAUACGCCAUCAAGAUUCUGUUGAACCACGCCUUCUUCCAGGAGGACACGGGGGUCAGGGUUGAGCUGGCAGAGGAGGAUGACGGGGAAAUGAUCGCCAUCAAACUGUGGCUCAGAAUAGAAGAUGUCAAGAAGCUCAAAGGAAAAUACAAAGACAACGAAGCCAUCGAGUUCUCCUUCGACCUCAACAAGGACGUUCCGGAAGAUGUGGCCCAGGAAAUGGUUGAGUCUGGCUAUGUGGCCGAGGGCGACCACAAGACUAUGGCCAAAGCCAUCAAGGAUCGUGUGUCACUGAUCCGGAGGAAGCGAGAGCAGAGGCAGCUAGUGCGAGAAGAGCAGGCGAAGAGGAAACUUGAGGCGGAACAACAAGAGGCACUCAAAGCGUCACAUGCACAGGCAGAGGUUGACGAGACAGAGGUGGAGCAACAGCAUCACUAUCAGCAGCUGGGCAUCUCGCACACAACUGAAGGAGGCGCGGACAGUGGUCAGGGUUCCUCGCUUUUCUCCAGCGACUGCCCCCAGCUGGGUCAGCUGACCAUGUCCUACAGCUGCCCGCCCGCCAGCCAACCUCAGUCGCAGAGCCCCUACCCCUCCACACCCGGAGGCAUCGCCCCCGCGCCGCAGCAGCACCCGGCCUACGCCCAGCCUCCGCAGCCAGUGCAGCAUUCAAUGGCGCACCCCUACAGUGGAGGAGCGAGCACAGGAGGAGGAGCAGGGGGGAGCGCCCCUCUCCCUACACUACCAGACCCCCCCACUAUUUUCUUCCCCUCCAUCCCAGAACGCCCCAUUUCCUUCUCACCUCCUCCGACCGGCCCCCCGAAGGCGUAUAACACGCAGCGGCGCAAGAGCACGUCUAUUCUGGAGGCUCACACCCGCCACUUUCAGCCGGCGUACCCCCGAUACGGGAGCAGCCUGCACCCCUUCUCCGGCAUGGAGGGCGUGGACCCGCCCUCUCUCUUCAUGGCCAAUCCCGGUUUCACUCAGAGACUCGGAUUGGGGGAGCAUCUGCAUCUCCCGGGACAAUCGGAGCUGACGUUCUACGGCUACAAGGACAUGAGGGCGGAACACGAGGAAGUGGUGAGGAGACUGAGUUUAAAUCAAGCGGCCUUACUUGACCAUUAUGAAGCCAUGGCGUACGGCGGCUACCCGAUCACUGCGCACCAGCUCGGCCUCUUGAGUUUCCACCAGCAGAGGCAAGCGGCUGCAGCGGCUGCCGGUUUGGGCUACGAUUCCGGUCCUCAGCCAGGCUUCCUGCACCCUCACAUCAUGCAAAGACUGAGCGCGCACAGUCCAAUCCCUCCGCCAGUACCUCCGAUGAACCAACCCACCGGUUGCCCUGUUUCUUGUUCAUCCUCCGACGCGCAACACCACGCGUCACCUUCCACCUACCCGAUGUCAACACCGCCAGUCAUGGCUGAUGCGGCGCCGCCUACGGGAAGCAUUUUUGACUACCAUUUAGCCGCCGCCGCCAACGACCCGAGCCUCCUGGCCUCCAGACUGUACCGAGCCCGGAGGAGUUCCAUGGAUCUCCCCCUGGAUGAAAACACCUCAACGGGGUCGGGCGGCUCCGGCUCGUACCUUCGACUCCAGCCGGUAACCGAAGAGAUGUUUUCCUAUGUCAGUCCCGAGCUGCCCUUACCGCCAGGAAGUCUCCUCCUCCAUCACGCAGGCCUAAGCGCCAAAGACCGAAGUCCAGAGCCAUCCAGCGAUUCUCUGCAGUCCUCUGAUGCAGGAGAGUUCCAGUCGCCUCCUCCCUCGUCCCUCCAUUUCGACUGCUCGGCCGCUCAGUCCAUCCCGCGGUCGUCCUCCGCUGUAUUCUGUGACUCAACCGAAAGCCAGGCGCAUCCGCCCUCCAUGCAGUUUUUUCUCCCUCCCACCCCGUCCUCUAACCUGGGAACGUCGGCGGCCCAGCAGGAGUCACUCAUUCCGAGUCUGUGGUCCCGACAUGGAGGGGUGGUUCCCUCCCAGCCCGACAUGACGUACCAUGAGUCAUUGCUGGCCAUGCAGGCCAAUAACCCCACACUGCAGGCUCAGGUUUCAAGCACCCAGCCUGCCCCAGGUUCCCCGCUUUUAGGACCAGUGGCCUCGCAACCGACCCCUCAAGGGACCCCGCAGCAGCCCGGUGUCACUGCGCCCACCUGUACCGCAACCCCAGCGAGCCUCGUUCCUUCUCCUCCGCCGCCCCCUCCCGUCACCUUGCCGACAGCGGCCGUGGCCCUCCCUCCCUGCCCUCUGCCGCUUCCUGUUUCCCCUCUUCCCGUGCCCGUGUCCCACCCAUUGGCCACCAUGGUGCCAAUCAUCAGUGUAGUGCCCGCCCCGCCCGAUACGGUCACAGAAGCCUCUCCGCAGUCUGUGUCUCAGCCCUCCGACCUGUCCCACUUCCAACUGCUGCCACCCCUAACCCAAGCAUCCAUAGAGAGCGGCUACUCUGAGGGCCUGAGCGAUGGCAAUGAGGGAGGAGGGGGAGGCCGCCACGAGGGCCGCUCCGCCAAGCGACACCAGAGACGUUCCGUGCGGAGCCGGUCGCGGCACGAGAAGAUCUCCAAAGCCAAACUCAAUGUCCUAAAUAUAUCCAACCGUGGAGACAGAGUAGCAGAGUGUCAACUGGAGACGCACAACAGGAAGAUGGUCACCUUCAGGUUUGACCUGGAUGGCGAUAACCCAGAGGAGAUAGCCCAGAUCAUGGUCCAGAGCGAGUUCAUCCUGGAGGGCGAGAGGGAGUCGUUCAUCGAGCAGGUCCGGGAGGUGAUUGAGAACGCCGAUGAAAAGGGCUUGGAGAGGGACGCUAGCAGCCAGAUGAUCGGUGACAUGGCACAGCCGAAUCUUGCUAUAUCAAUCCCCAUGCCAGACACGCCCCCUCGCGCAACAGGACAAGUGGUCCACUCCGCGGGUCGCAAGUUCAUUGUCAGCCCCGUACCCGAGGUCAGGCUCAAGGAAUUCAGCCUUCCCGCAGCUCCCUUACCAUCCUCUGCAUCUUCCGUUGAACCGGUUCCAACUCAAGGUUUGGGGUUGUCGAAAUCAGCAGGAGCAGUCAGUUUACAGCAAGCUUUCUCGGAGCUGCGACAGAACAGGAGCCAGUUGGAUCCGGGACCAAGCACCGCCCCAGCCUCCAUGCACUCCACCCAUCCUCCACCCUCCUCUGUCCCCUCACAGGCAUCCACUCCUGCAGUCGAAGCUUUGGCUGGGGGCGGCAUUUCUAGUUCAAACCAGGAGGCCUCGGAUGCCUCUCCUACUCCUUCCUCCUCCGCUGCUGUGGUGACUCCGUCGCAGGCCCAAGUAUCCAUUCCUGCUUCAGUCCCUUCCACCUUACCCCUCAGCAGUGUCUCCAACAUUCUCCCGGCGAUGCUCACAUCCGCUCCCCUCUCCCUGGUGACCUCUCCCUCCUCCACACUCCCGGCAAGUGAAACUCCGCUCGAUCAUCGCUCGCUCUCUCCCACAUCAUCGACUUCAUCGUCCUCUUCCUGCGUCGUCCCCGCGACCGCUGUGGUUGGUCCUCAGUUUGCUUCCUCCUCCGCCGCUCCCCCACCUUCUUCCUCCAAUGUUUCUUCAGUCCACUCACAGCCACAGAUAGCUGUCCUGCCUGGGCAGACGCACGCUCACUGUGGUGAAUGUGACUCGAGGUGUGAUGCAUCCAUGGACUGCCAAAGCAAGCCGGAUGACAUCCAAGCUCUGGAGAAGAAGCUACGCUCACUCUUCAUGGACCUCGGGGGAGGGGCCGUUUCCCCCCAGGGCGACCUGCUGUCUGCCGACGCUACCUCCGGAGCCUCGGUGGGGGGGACGUCCUCCCCGCUGGGCACCUCCACCACAGUUGCCGGCCCCGGCCAGCUGGCCAGUCCUCCUCAGCCCCCCACCACCCUGGCGCUGGGCUCGCCCAGCCCCGUGGAGGGCCCCAGCACACCUAUCUCCACUUCUGCACCAUCUGUAAACUCUGCCACCAACUUUGUCCAGAACACUCCAUCCAAAGCCCCCUUAUCCAGGGUACCGGCCAGUUCUCCUUCAGAACUCCCGCCGUCCCUCCCUGGACCGUGUCUCACUCAGUCCCAGCAACCUCUGGAGGACCUGGACGCUCAGCUGAGACGAGCCCUUAGCCCCGAGACUGUUUCUCUUAGCACACCCACACAGGCUUCCCACGGCGCCAUUCCUCUGGUGGGACAACCAACUCCCUUAGCUCUGAAGGAAGACGCCUCUACAACUGCUGCUCCUCAAACUGGAAUAAAACUUGGGAGAUUUCAGGUGUUGCUGGCCACUGAAGAGCCUCACACGCAGCACCCAGCCUGCACAGAAUCCUCCUCCACCACUUCUUCUUCUUCUUCAUCUUCCUCCACCACUUCCUCGUCAUCGUCGUCGUCCUCCUCCAGUCUCUCCAGCCCGGAAAACAGUUUGCACAAGGGCUCCUCGUCCCCGCUCAGAGUGGGAGGAGCACAGGGUGGAGAUGUGGUGGAUGGACUUCCACAGAAAAUGCUAGGAGUGUCCCAACGCCCUUCCCCUCUCUCCUCCCCGUGCGCCUCGCCAAAGCCCACCGCCACCAUCGGACGCUUCCAGGUUACCACCAAUUCUGAGGCCCGAGUAGGCAGGUUUUCCGUCAGUCCGGCCCAAGAGCAGAGCACCGAUCCCGGGCCGAGCCCGCCGCCCCCGGCCGCGAACGGGCCCGCCGAGCCCGGCCACUUCCCGGGUCCGGACGCUGCCCACAAAGUCUCCUUGCCCAGUCUGAACAGCAGCAACUCCUUCAACAACUCCUACAUAAGCAGCGACAACGACUCAGAAUUCGAGGACGAGGACUUCAAGCGGGAGAUCAACCGCCUCCGAGAAAAACACUUGAGCGAGAUUCAGGACCUUCACACGCGUCAGAAGGAAGAAAUAGACGGUCUGUUCACAAGGCUGGGAAAGGUUCCUCCAGCCGCUGUACUCCCCCCGGUCAUCGCCUUGGCCGGCAAGCGGAGACGACCCACCAAGAGCAAAUCCAGCAAAUCGUCCAGAACCAGCUCCUCGCACGGUAGCAAGAGUCCGCUUCAGCUAGGCAGCGCUUUGUCGGCCCAGAGCGUCCCGGCGUUGUGCCCCGGCCAGCUGGCUCAGUUAGCGCCAGGGGGAUUAGCGGAUCCAGGCGGCGGCGGCCGCAGCGGUGAGCUGCCCCUCACGGCGGCUCCCUCCAGCGACAUCCUGUGUUCGACCUACACCAGCUCGGCGGCUCUCUCCGUGCCCAGCUUGUGUGCUACCACCCCAGGCUGCGUAAAGUUGAGCUGGGGUUCCGAGCGUUUGGCCUUCAAGCCUGUCGGCAGGAGGACGCGCUUUCUGAGUACGCCCUGCUUGGCUCUUUGGAAGAUGGUGAAAAAAGUCUGCCCCUGCAACCAGCUCUGUAGGACCAACAGCACCAACGCAGUGAGCGGUUCCGGCUCCCUGUGGCAGAGCCAGGGGGGCUCCCAGGGUCUCAACAUGUCGGCCUCUCACCAGCGCAAAGGAACGUUCACCGAUGACCUCCAUAAACUGGUGGACAACUGGGCCAGAGACCUCUCACAGGGUAAGAAGAGCACCAAACAGCUGCAACAGGCACCAGCACAAGGACACAGCUAUGAGGUGAUCCAGUCCGCCAGUCUGGGCAGGAAGUUCUCCGCCCCGAGCCAGCUGUGCCCGAGCAGCAUGGCCGCUUCCACCCACCUGCCCUCCAACCCGACUACCUCUCUGGCCUCCCGCAAGGGCUCGCUGUGCCAGCCCUCUACCUCCCCUGCGCCGCCCCACCCUCACCCACCACCGCCGCACUUCAUCCCGUACGUGCCCGCCCCGGCCUACACCGCGCAGUGGUCCGGGCCCGCUCACGGGCUCUCGACAGCGCACACGGGGCCCUUGCUGGUCAGCACCUCUCAGCCGCUUAGCCCUUACGCCGCCUCGAUGGGCGGCCAGAUCCCGGGUCAGGGACCCCUGCACACGUUCAUGCACAAGUCGGUCAGCAACCCGGGAGGACCCAACACGAGGACCACGUAGGGGUUAGCUGAGGGCUCGUUGGAACAGCGGCCUGACUGGACUCCAUGGUUGAGGGGUUGAAGAAGAGGAAGUUUGCCAAAGAGGUUUGAUCUUGGGUGAAACAUGGGAGAGCACAACAACACUGAAGAGCACCACCAUUUUGCUCAGUCUUUGCUUGUAGCUCUUCUAGCUAACAUGUGCAAUGUGUGUAUAAAAUAGAGGAGGUACUCUUUUAGCAUUCACUAGGAUGCAAAUUGGCAAUCUUUGAAUACAAUUGGUAGCCCCCCUUCUGCGUCAAAGCAAUAACACAAGAAACAUUGAAAAAGGCAGACAACAAAGUGAAGUGACCUUCAGAACAACAUCUUCUAUAGUUUAUACAUCUUUUUUGUCUUGAUUCCAUUUGGUUUUAUUUUGUGUUGCGCGCACACACACCUCGUCGUUGGCUUUUUUUGAGAUAAAUAUUUCUCUUCAUGAAUGUCAUGAUUAAUGGUUAUUCUAUUUAAAAAAAAAAAAAAACACACAAAAAUCUGGCAUGGCCGGACCUGUUAUACGCACACAUUUUCGUGUGAUGUGUAAAAACAACACUGUGAUUAUUAUUGUUUUUAGGAGUCAUAAGAAUUUGGGAGCGCAUCCUUUCACUACUGCGCUCCAUUUUUCUCAACAACAACAACAAAAAAUGCCUUAACCAAUCACAAUUCAGCCACCAUUUGACCUCCAAUUCAAAUAUGGAAUGCUAGCUACUUUUUUUUUUUUCCUUCCACAGUACUUAAAUACGACACUUUAAACUCUCUCCUCUUGCCCUGUUAGAUAAAUGUGAAUGUACAAAGCAACAAGUUUUAAUUCGCUUUCUAGUGCCUUGCUUGACCCACCGAGGACUCCCUCCUCCCGUACAAACACUGGAGAGCGCACGAGGACCACACGAGAGUGCCGUCAUUUUGUCCGAGUUUAGGGAGGAUUGUAUUAUUAGAAGAAAGCCAUGUUUGUGUUUCGUUGUGUUUUGUGACUUCGUCCAUUUGUCAGUCCCACGUGUUCAAAAAUGUCCACUUGAGUUGAGUGUAAUGUUGCCUUUAGCUGAGAAGCCUCAAACGACAAAUUACAAAUGAAUGAACGCAGCAUUUUGACUACCAAGCUGUGAAUAAUAAAAGUCGCGAUGCCCCCUUUUUGAUUAAUUCCUUUAAUUUGCCCUUUUUGUAUUUGCCCUUUUUACAGUGCUGUAAAAAGUCUCCACACCUGUAUUCAAAUACCAGGUUUUGUGAUGUAAGAAAAAUGAGACCAAAGUAAAAAAAAAAAAAAAAAAUUGAAACCUUUUCCACCAUUAAUGUGACCUAUAACAUGUCCAUCCAUCCAUCCAUUUUCUGAGCCGCUUCUCCUCACUAGGGUCGCGGGCGUCCCGGAGCCUAUCCCAGCUAUCAUCGGGCAGGAGGCGGGGUACACCCUGAACUGGUUGCCAGCCAAUCGCAGGGCACAUACAAACCAACAACCAUUCGCACUCACAUUCUCACCUACGGGCAAUUUAGAGUUGUCAAUUAACCUACCAUGCAUGUUUUUGGGAUGUGGGAGGAAACCGGAAUACCCGGAGAAAACCCACGCUGGCACAGGGAGACCAUGCAAACUCCACACGGGUGUAUAACUCUUUAUUUAUUUUUUUAAUAUGUAACCUUUUCGAGAGGUGUAGUAAAAAUAAACAGAAAUAUGUCUCUUACAACCAAGCACAUGCAGACUUAUUUUAAAUACGAAACAGCUCACACCUGCCAUCAUUUAAAGUGUGUCUGGUUCACCCCAAAUAAAUUUCCGAUGUUCUAUGAGGCUUUUCUUAACAUUUUUUUUCCGAUUUAUCUCUGUUUUUUAUGCUAAACCUGUUUACUAUUUUAAGAUGUUCAUAAUUCCUUCCACAGCCCUGUGCAACCACAUUAUUUUUUAUUUUCUCUCACAAAAAGACUUUUUUUAAAAAAGAAAAAAGGUUAUGUCACAUUAAUGAUGGAAAUGGUUAUUUUUUUAAUAUUGAUUAUCUUGGUCUCUCUUUUUUUUGUGCCCAAAAAAAAAAAAAAAGAAAAAACAGACAUUUGAACAGGCGUGUGUAGACUUUUUACAUCCACUGAUGUAGGGCCACAUACGGGCCACAUACAGGCACAACCAUUUUGAUCCUAUACUCUCAUAAAUGCAAAAGAAAAGAAAGAGCUGCCCCACCCCUGCUUUAGUCAAUUACAAUGUAAUUCUAAACUUCUUUGGGUACAUUCAACGCUAAAGGUUUUCUCCACCCAAGCUGCAGUGUUCAAUAGCAACAGGUGGACUUAACUGUGAAGUUCCACUGGAGGACUUUAACUGUGAAAGGCUGGUUGUUAUUGUGAAUGUUCUUGCAUUAAAAGUGGGGUGAAUCACAGUCUUUAUCACAGGAGUAGCAUUUACUCUUAGCCCAUAUUUAGAGGAAGAUGCUGUUGGUGUGCCAUCGCAGGACUCACUUUUUUUUAUUAUUAUUAUUUUUUUAUUUAACCAUAGAAGUGGUCAUUUCCUUUCUCCAGCUCUGCCAUGUCCAGUAUCGAGCACAUAUUUCAAUUUUUUGAUGUUCUCAUGUUUGCUUUUUUUUAAAAAAAAAAUAAUCCUCACUUGUUUUAUCUGCUGUUUUAUUGUGUGUAGCAGCACCUACCUAACUCAGUGGUUUCUUUUCUCUCUAUUUGACAAAAAAAAAAAAAAGUGGUUGGAUGUGAAAAAUAAAAUAAAGUUAUGGGGAGUCAUCAGCAGCCUUUAACGGUAUGUUUUGCAAUAAGUAGAGAGUGUUAAAGCUUCAUAUUAAAACAGAUACAAUGACAUUUGUUACUUUAUUUGUAAAGACUUAAUAAAUAAAAGUUGUUGAAAUGGA